GCCAUGGCUCUUAGCCUGAAUUAUAUCAAUGUGUUUAAUAAGGAUUAUGUCCCUUUUCUUGUAGUGGUUCUGGCUCAUCCUACUUCUGCGAGGAUUACUGGACAUAUUAGCAGAUUUUUUCUUAAGCUGUGCUUUACCACUGAUUGGACACAUGUUCUCAGUGUCCAAUCGAAGACUCGCCAUAUUUGGAUCUCAGCUGUGUAGCUUUCUUUUCAGGUAAGUACUAAGUCUUACAUGUGAGUGUAUAUUGUUUUCUUCUGCUUGUGCUCAUUCUUUUAUAUUAACCCUGAAUUCUUUCCAUUCUCCUCUUCAGGCUAAUAGCGAUCUGCAUAGCAGCAUUAGUGGCCAACCAAUUCUCCUGGCACGUGGCACGACUGAUAGCGCCGUGCCUUGGAGUCAUUUGUUUGAGCCUACUACUGGUAUUUAUGAAGGACCCAUCUGGAGGCAACACGGAAGAAGAGGAUGAAGAUGAUGAACCUCAAGUGGAAUGUUCCCUCUUUUCCUGUUUGAAGCCUCUGCUGACGUGGAGCUUUGCCCUUAUUAUGAUAGGUUCCCUUAGUGUGGACUUUAUUCACGAGGGCAUGUUUGCAGUUAUUCCUGAUUUCUUGGACAGAACCAGGAAUGAGACGGGGAAACAAUGGCCCCUUUUCUUGUCUCAGAGUUACUACAGUGACUUUAUGGUCUACUCAGCAAUCAAAUGUGCAGCGGAUGUACUCGGCAUGCUGUUAGGGAUGGAAAUCAGCAAGCUAUUGAGCAAAGAGCCUCACAGUGCAGAUCCAUGGGUCUGUGCCAUAGGACUCUUUGCCUUUACACCCAUCUUCUCUUUAUUUUUGAUCUUCAUAAAAGAUGGCAUUGUCCUUCCAUGUGUAUUCCUCUUUAUCAGUGGAGUUUUCCUGAGCUUAAACCAGGCCCUAUCAGGGGAUAUGAUGCUGUCUGUAAUACGGCCAAAAUUCUACACAAUCGCUGGACAGCUACAGGCCUUCCUGACGCGGUUGAUUGCAGGCGUAGGUGCUCCAUUUAUUAUUGAAUAUAUAUCUGUUAAGAUCCAGGAGUCGAAUUCUGAGAAGACUUCCUUUGAAUGCAUGCAAUUUGCCCUAAUGUUUUUAACAGUAGUGGCAGUGAUUGGAGGAACCUGCUUCCUUUGUUUAAAUUUGAGCUUCAAAAAGGAUCGGGAAGCAGCGGACAAGAACGCUACCCCAAGACAAUCUGAUGUGGAGAAAAGCUUGUUCACGGUACAAAGGGGUAUAGAGAGAUACAGGGGACAGAGGAUAGAAAGGGAGGAGCUGGAAGUGGGAGAAGGAGGGAAGAAGGGGUUGGGGAGCUGGGAGAAAAGCUCCCCUCUCCCUCACCUCCCCCAGCUCUCACCUCCCCCAACUCUCACCUCCCUCACCCCCCCAGCAACACUCUGAGACAAAAGCUGGUGCACCUUAAAGACCCUACACCAAAGCACAUGAAA